GGGCCGGGGGGCGGGGGGCGGCAGCGCGGUCCCUCCCGCUGAUCCCGCAGCUAACGCAGAAGCUGCCCAGACUUACCUCUAGGCAAUGCCAGCCCAUCAGCUCGUCCCUGGUGAACCGCACGCUGUGUGAUGCCCACAUGCAGAAGGGCCGGGCGUUCCGUGUGAUCGUGGUGGACAGCCGGCCGCGGCUGGAGGGCCGGGAGACACUGCGCCGGCUGGUGCGCAAGGGCAUUCACUGCACCUAUGUGAUGAUCAACGCCAUUUCCUAUGUGCUGCCUGAGGUGUCCAAAGUGCUGCUAGGAGCCCAUGCGCUGCUAGCCAACGGCUCAGUCAUGUCCCGGGUGGGGACAUCCCAGAUAGCGCUGGUCUCCAAGGCUUACAACGUGCCCGUGCUGGUGUGCUGUGAGACCUACAAGUUCUGCGAGCGGGUGCAGACAGAUUCCUUUGUCUCCAACGAGCUGGAUGACCCCGAUGACCUGAUCGUGCUCCGCAAGGGGCAGGCCCAGCUGGGCGGCUGGUCAGAGAACAAGUCCUUGCGCCUCCUCAACCUGGUCUACGACGUGACACCGCCCGACCUGGUGGAUCUGGUCAUCACAGACCUGGGCAUGAUCCCCUGCACCUCGGUGCCCGUCGUCCUGCGCGUCAAGAACGUGGAUCAGCAGUAGGGGCGGCAGCACGGACCCUAAUAAAGCAGGCCCCGUGUUAA